AUGGCGCCCAAGUCCUCCAAGACCGCCCAGGACGACACCAAGUCCGAAAGCACAAACACCAAAGAAAAGCACACGUCUGGCUCUGGCGGCCAUCACUCGAACGGAAAGCUGCGCCGUGUGGCCAGCUCGACAGGCUCUCAAUUGCGGGAAGUGACAAACGCCAACGCUGCUGCGGACGCUCCAGUCGCCGCAAAGGAGACGGCUCAGAACCCCGGGAUACAAUGGAACACGUUUGACCGAGACACCCUACACGCAUACCGACGCGAGCACCAUCUCAACACCCCCACCUCGUUUUCUUGCUCGUACCGUCAACUGGUCCUCUCACGACCCGGUGGCAUUGGCCUACACUCCCCGACGAUGGCUCGCAAGAAGGAGAACAGAAGGCAGAGCAAAGAACAGUUGGCAAUGUCUGUGCGGAAGCACUUCAACGGGGUCGGGAUCCAAGAGAACGAUGUCAUCGUCGACUUUAUCCACAAAGUCAGAAGCCAUGCUAUUACGAAAAGCGACCGCCACAAAAGGUCUACGCCAACACCUCACGACGCAUGA